AUAUCUUAAAACCUAUAUCAAAAACAUAUGGCCAAUCCUCAACACCAAAUUGACUUGAAACAAGCUCAACUUGUUGUGGUUAUGGUGCCUCUCCCAUUACAAGGUCACCUCAACCAGCUCCUUCAACUCUCAAGGCUCAUACUAUCUUACAAUAUUCCGGUCCACUUCGUCGGAGCCGCCACCCACAACCGCCAGGCGAAGCUUCGCGUUCACGGAUGGGACCCGCAAAUAAUCAACUCUAAUAUCCAUUUCCAUGACUUUGAAAUCCCAUCUUUUGCUUGCCCUCCUCCAAAUCCAAAUGCUAAAAAUAAAUUUCCUUCUCAUUUACAACCUGCCUUCAUCAGUGCCUCAUCUCAUCUACAAGAUCAUGUGUCCGCUCUUCUACGAUCACUUUCUUGCAAAGCAAGCAAGGUUAUCGUUAUUCAUGACUCUUUAAUGGGGUCUAUAAUUCAAGAAGUUCGGUUUAUAUCCAAUGCAGAAUCUUACACUUUUCAUAGUGUUUCUGCUUUUACUAUCUUUUUAUUUCGUUUAGGAAAAGAAAAUAAAUUGAUUCCAAAGAAUAUCCCCUCUCUUGAUGGGUGUUUUACCAAUGAAUUCUUGGAUUUUAUUUCUUGUCAAUAUAGUUAUCAAGAUUUCAGCUCUGGAUAUAUUUUUAAUACAUGCAGAUUAAUAGAAGGUGAUUUUAUGGAGUUAUUACAGAACGAACAUAAAACUUACUGGGCUUUAGGUCCUUUUAAUCCUGUUAAUAUACCAGAAAGAAACGAUUCAGAGCAAAAACAUUAUAGUUUGAGUUGGCUUGAUAAACAAGAAACGAACUCCGUAAUUUACGUUUCUUUUGGAACAACAACAACUAUGAGUAAUGAACAAAUCAAGCAGCUAGCAAUUGGGUUGAAGCAAAGCAACCAGAAAUUCAUUUGGGUACUACGAGAUGCCGACAAGGGAGAUGUUUUCGAUGUUUCCGAGCACGACAGAAGAAUCGAGCUACCGAAAGGAUACGAAGAAGACGACUUGGUACGUGGCGUCGGACUAGUUGUGAGAGAUUGGGCGCCGCAGUUGGAGAUAUUAGGGCAUCGAGCGGUGGGAGGGUUUAUGAGUCAUUGUGGAUGGAAUUCUUGUAUGGAAAGUAUUACAAUGGGAGUGCCGAUUGCUGCUUGGCCGAUGCAUUCAGACCAACCUAGAAAUGCUGUUUUAAUAGCUGAAAUUCUCAAGAUUGGUGUUUAUGUCAAGGAUUGGAGCCUUAGAAAUGAGGUUGCUACGGCAAAGAUGGUUGAAACUUGUGUCAAGAGAUUAAUGGCGUCCAAGGAAGGGGAUGUGAUGAGAAAGAGAGCGGGAGAGCUUGGUGAUUCUAUCCGGCGAUCGACCGGUGAUGGUGGAGUUACUCGGUCGGAGAUGGAUUCUUUCAUUGCUCAUAUUUGUAGAUAGGGGCGGAACUAAGGGGAGCAAAGGUACCGUUUAUUUUCAAUUAUUUUUUUAUUUAAUCUCUUCUUAAAGUUUGUUGUUCAAUAGGCUUAUGUACUGGUUAUUUUUUAUUUAAUGGAUCUUUUUAUAGGUGGAAAAUUGUAAUCAUGUCGUUUAAAUAAUAUAAUAUUUGUUUUUUAAGACGUGGUAUAUGACAUGUCGUA